GUUGUGUUUGAUCCGAGGCUUCGUGCAGUCGGUCAAAAUAAAAACUUUUCGGUUAAUUUUUCUUUUGUUUCGACCAUUUGGUAAUGCGUUCAUGUUUCACGUCGUUCGCACCGACAGAAACACGUUACAAGGAGGAUUCACACAAGAAGUUUUGUUCCAAGGCUUGCUCUGUUCCUUAGCUGUAAUCGAUAAAUGACAGGCAGUUGUUACUAUGGCCGCUCUUCAACACGCAAAAUUAUGGCAAGAUGGAGGCUGCGCUUGUCGAAAAACGAGACCUCCGAAAAUCGGCGAUAUUCCAAGGCACACUGCGGUGGAUGUGGAUUUGAAGCCUGCCACGACGGAACCAUCAUCUGGUUCACUGUACCCACCGGCGUCUUUCCAAUCUCCCGCCACUCCUACCCGGUCCAAUGAUGUGACCCGAUCCGAGCCGAACCUGAACGGUUCACAACCCGAACCUGUGAUAUUGAAAGCAGUGCCUUCCCUGAAAAAUCUUUCGGAACAUUGUCUACCUGACAAAAUCUCCAAAAUGCACGUCAAAGGUGCUCUUAACCACAGACUGCUAUUACAAUCGAAGAGUUUCGGUGUCGAUAACGCACGUCCCAUUUACCCUAAUUGUCCUUUUUCACCCUACGUUAGUCCUAGUGGAAGUCCCAGGACGAAUAGGAAAAGACAGCCGCUUAGAGAGUCCAGAAGAGUUUCCAUUGAAAAGUCCGGUACCUAUUUACAACUCAAUCAAUACAAAUUGAUGGACUCCAUCGGACAGGGGUCUUACGGUAUUGUCAAAUUGGCUUACAACGAGGAAGACGACACUCAUUAUGCGAUGAAAAUUUUAUCGAAGAAAAAACUUUUAAAAAAAGCGGGAAUGUUUGGCAGACUGCCACCAAAAAAGGAAGGUAGACCCAGUCCUACCCUAACCCAUCCUCUUCAUCGAGUGUACCGAGAAAUCGCCAUUUUGAAAAAGCUCGACCACCCCAAUGUGGUGAAAUUAGUCGAAGUCCUCGACGAUCCCGUCGAAGAUCAUCUUUAUUUAGUGUUUGAACUUCUAGAAAGAGGGCAAGUGCUUGAGGUACCUACCGAGAAACCCUUGACCGUGGACCAAGCUUGGACCUACUUUAGAGACGUAGUUUUAGGAAUAGAAUAUUUGCAUUACCAAAGGAUAAUCCACCGUGAUAUCAAACCGGCAAACUUACUUCUAAGCGAAUCAGGCAGGGUCCAAAUAGCAGAUUUGGGUGUCUGUAACGAAUUUGAUGGUUCAGAUGCCUUCCUGUCAAACACGGCCGGAACUCCAGCAUUCACAGCGCCUGAGGCUCUCGGCGACAACAAAUCGGCGUUCAGUGGCAAAGGUACAGAUAUCUGGUCGAUGGGUAUCACGCUGUAUGCCUUUGUUUACGGUCAAGUUCCUUUCUAUGAUAACAACAUAAUCGGUUUAUAUUCGAAAAUUCGCCACGAACCGGUUAGAUUUCCGGAUUCUCCAUCUAUUCCUGAACAACUCAAGGAUUUGAUCAGGAAGAUGCUCGUCAAGGAUCCCUCUAAAAGGAUUACGUUGCCGGAGAUCAAGGUGCAUCCGUGGGUUACCAAAGAUGGACAGUGCCCUCUGCCUACGGAAGAAGAAAACUGCCAUUUGGUCGAAGUCACUGAAGAGGAAGUGGCCAAAGUGAUUACAUCGAUACCGAAAUUGGACACACUGAUAUUAAUCAAACAUAUGCUUAAGAAGCAUUCUUUCCAGAAUCCUUUUCUGCACAGAAGAGAUACGCACAGACCGAGUAAUGCAAGCGACACAACUUCCACCAGACAACACAUUGGAAGAUCUGGGCGUUCAAAUUCGGCUCCGGGUUCCUACGAUUGGGUUUCAGACCGUCAAAUAUCUAUAGACUCUCCAUUGGAAUCCGUUACGGAAGUAACAAUCGACCAAAAUGAUAGCAAAAUAGAGAUUGAAUCAAAGCGGUGAUAAUAAUUAUUAAAGGAUUAUUAAUUUUUAUUUUGUUUUUUUAAUAGUUUACAAGGAUAUUUUUUAUACUCGGAUUUUAUUUUAUUCAAAUAAAAUGUACAAUUUUUAUUUC